UCGCUUUCAAAUUUCUUGAUUAAUCGUCAUUUCUUCCGUCUGGUGGACAAUUGAAACUCGGUUUUAGUUAACAAAAGGGAGUGCAUUUAAUUUGGCGUGUUUCCAAUGGGGAUUUCGGGCAAAAGCGAUAGAAUACGCCCUGUAGAUGCAGCGCAUGUAAGUGUUAAUUGCGUUUUUCAUUAGUAAUAGUGGUUUUUUAUAGCAGCUAAACACCCGCACUCGAGUUUGUUAAAAAAAUUUCACUGUGUGACUAGGGGGGCGAAAAUAUGUUUGAUUUGCAGCAGUGGCUGAAUGAGUAUGGCAAAAGUAGGCCUGGAACCUUCGCGGGCAGCGCCAACAGUUUGCUUACCAAACGGCGCAAACCAACCGACGUGUGCUUUUUCACGGUGUUCCUGCUGUUCUUCACCACUCUGUGCUUUUUAAUAGCUUACUGCGUCCACUAUGGCGAUAUUGACAGGGUUAUUCAUGGAUACGAUAAUUGCGGCUCAGUGUGCGGAAGCAAGCAAACCUCCAAGUCCUCCUCUAAGCAAAUGGAGACUUGCUACAAGUCCAUUGAUAACACCCAGUUUGGAAGCUACCACUUGAUCCUCUACAGGCCGGAGCAAACGCGACUCUAUGACAGGAUUUGCACGAGAAACUGCAGCCUCUAUCCAGGAUACAACGAGUUCCUCAACAGAUGCCUGCCAUCCAGCAAGAAGACGCAGGCCUUCCAGGCUUUCUUCACUAAAGCUGGCAUCAAGGACUUCUUCAUGGAAAUUUGCGAAGAUUUCAACGACUACUGGAAGGUGCUGAUCUACAUGGGCGCCAUUUCCUUGGUAAUAUCUUUGAUCUUGUUCCUGCUCUUUCCAUUCCUGGCCGGGCUGCUGGUCUGGAUUAUCCUGAUUGGAGUGUUUCUUGCCUGUCUGGGACUCAGCAUUUAUCUAUGGGUUUCCUGGAAGGGGGUAAAGGAGCUGCAAAAAGAAGAUAUGGAAAUCCGAAGCGAAGAAGUGUGGACCUGGUUGGGGUUGGCCAUUGGGGCCACUUGCGCCACCGUGAUUCUCACUCUGAUAAUUUGUGUAAUGAUCAAGAGGAUCAAGCUGGUGAUUCAGUUGUUUGAAGAAGCCGGCAAAGCUCUAGCGGCCAUGCCGCUCCUUCUUUUUGAGCCCAUUCUGACAUUCAUGUGGAUCAUUGGCGUGUUGUCGCUUUGUGCUUAUCUGUGUCUUUGGGUAAGCAGCUCUGGGCGCCUGAGAAUGAAACGCCCCAACAUCUACUACUACAAAAAGGAUGGCUUGAUGGAGGCCACAAAGGUGCUGAAUGUCUUUGGCAUGUUCUGGAUGUGCCAGUUUGUGGUUGGGUGCCAGCACUUGGUUAUUGCUGGCGCCGUUUCCAAGUGGUACUUUUCCAGGAACAAAUCCCAAUUAUCCUCCCCAAUUGCAAGGAGCUUCUAUAAUCUGGCGCGCUUCCACUUGGGAUCUGUAGCCCUGGGGUCGUUUUGCCUGGCCACAGUGCAGAUAUUGCGACUGAUCUUCACAGCAAUGCAAAGGAUGGUAACGUACCAAAGCAAUUCGCAUCUGGUCUGGCUUGCCAAGACAUGUUUGUGCCUGUGCAACUGCUGCUUCUGGCUCUUAGAUCGGGUUCUGAACGUGAUCAGCAGGAACGCCUAUAUCUUAACAGCCAUGUAUGGGGACUCGUUUUGCCGGGCUGGCAAACAAGCUCUGGCCCAUCUGACCGCUAACCCUCUUCGAGUGGCUGCCAUCAAUUCCGUUGGGGAUUUUGUCCUGUUCUUGGCCAAGGUUCUGGUGGUGGCUUGCAGUGUGGCCAUCGGCUCAUACUUCCUUAAGCACAAAGACAACUUGCAUCAUUACUGGGUGCCUUUGGCCCUGAUCGGGCUCUUCAGCUACUUUAUAGCGCACUGUUUCAUGACCGUAUACGAGAUGACCAUCGACACGAUUUUUAUGUGCUUCUGUGAAGACUGCGAGUUAAACGACGGCGCUUCCAGGCCCUAUUUUAUGUCCAGGGGGCUGAUGGAGUUUGUCGAGGACUCGAAAAACGCCUCAGGGUUUCACGCAGUUGACCCCCCCGUUCAGCCCGCUACAGCCAAAGAAGAGUCGACAACUUGAAUGACACACCGCUAGUUUAACUUUCUAAUUGCAUAUUUACAAAGCUGUGAUGUUUGGAGCGCACCAUUUUCACAUAUUGAACAAA